AAAUAAUUUUUAUUUGGGCUAAAACAGGUAUCAGCAAGUAACUUACCAACGCAAACUCUCAGCAAGAGCCGCACACUUCAGCCCAGUGAAAAUGUCGACCGGCGGUAGAGCGCACGGACCAAUGUCUGACAUAAUAAGUGGGAAAACCGCUAUGGGCCCAUGACCCGCAGUUUUUAAAAUAACCUAUUUACAUGGGAGAGAUGGUAGAUAGUGAAAUGUACAUGUAUAUUUAGAUCUAAGUAGAAAGAGGUUCAGUUUUAAGAUGUAUGCCAUGAGGUACAUUAACGCUUAAUUACUUAAAUCUAAGAGAAGGAACCAAUUAACAAUCAUGUUCUCGGCGAGGUUUGGAUACUUGACAUCAACCCAAACGAGAGAGUUAGAAUGACCCGUCCCUACAUAUGAACCGAGCAGGGAAGAGAUAUUAAAGUAAAUUGUUGAAGAUAAUUCAGUGUGUGACAAAUUAUACAGCGAAAUAUGUGAAUUGCAAGCGAAAUGUCCGACGAGCUUGACAGGCUAGAGCUGAGUGGAGGCAGGUAUGCGCUGGCGCUCUCAGCGGCCCAACAGAAGAAAUAUGUCGAAGACUUCACCGGAACGCGGAACAAAAUGUUUCGCAUCCAUCCCUGCGGAACUAUUGUAUGUGAAGGCUUCAAGUACAUCGAAAAAGAUGUUUAUAACUUCACGUUUCGCCCAGACGACGUGUUGGUGAUGUCAUAUCUCAAGUGCGGAACCACCUGGACGCAGGAGAUCAUCUGGAACAUGAUUUACAGCCCUAACCAGGAACACGCAGACACUGAUGAACCUUUAAUCACCAGGAGUCCCGUAAUUGAGGCUGACAUGUUUAUGAUGGAUGCGUUGAAAAAGGUGCCAAUCGACCACUUUCUCAAGGACCCCAUGUUCAGCCAUUACAGAACCCGCUGCCCAAAUCCGAAUCCAAAUCGUGGACUCCAUCUUCAGCUGGCGGAGUCUUACACUGAACGACGAGUUCUCAAAACUCAUCUGCCUUUCUCCUGCUACCAGCCUGGCCUUCUUGACAAGUGCAAGGUGAUAGUGUGCGUACGUCACCCAAAGGACGUGAUGUUGUCGUACCAACAUCACUGCCGCCUCAUCAAAACUCACGGAUUCAAGGGCACCCAGGACACUUUCAUCAAGUACUUCGUGGAAGAUUUGUUGGCAUGGGGGUCGUACGCACACUUGCUUCGUGAAGCGCUGGAGUUCAAGUCUCACCCUAACAUUCAUUUCAUCUAUUACGAGGACAUGAAGGCGGACAUUGAUACGGAGCUCCUCAAACUCAACGAAUUCCUGGGCUUGAAACUCAACAGCGAGCAGUUGAACAACGUGCAGCAACAGACGUGUUUCGAUAGUAUGCAGAAGCUGGACCCGUACCGAUUGAUGGUCUCUGAAGUUACGGACAAACAAGUUGCGGAAAAAGAUGGUCCCUUCAUUAGGCAAGGAAAAGCCGGUGGAUGGAAAGGCAAGCUGACUGCCGAGCAGGAAGAAAUUUUGGAUGACUACAUCUCAAAAAACUUCGCUGACCUCGACCUCAAAGUCCGAUACCUGUGAAGAUUUUUGAAUAAAAUAUUCACGUUAAUUUUGACUCAGUGUUUUGCUUUAUACGUACGGGUAAAAUUAAAUUCAGCUAUUCGAAUAUAUGUGUUUUUUUCACGGUAACGCUAAAUAGAAAAUUUCAGCUUCAAACAUACCAAGCAGACCACGUUCUUCAUGAUGGCCAUCUGAUGCGUGCGUCGGUCUGUACACACAAUAAGUCCGCAGGAGCUCAUGUAUACGCCGGAGGAAGAUCUAAUCCGGGAAUAUCAGUGCGUAUAGGCUAAAAAUAACAUAUUUUUCACUUCCUCUAGACAAAUAAAUAUGGUGUGCGUAAUAGACAUUUUAUAGUAAAAUCUCUUCAACUU